UUAUAAAUGUGUUCAGAUUUAGCUGAGAGCAUAGUUUAAACGAGUGGGCUCAAUAUAACUCACAUACCAUCGUCUCAGAACAGCUUGUAAUAUAUUGUAAAAGGUUUCUAUGUUAGUGCCGAACAGCUGGAUUUAAUGCUGUUUCUUGUAGUUAGUUACAUACAUAAACAAAUUUCUCAGAAACAAAAAUCUUGUGUUUGCACUUAAAUUAGCUGUAAAAGCAAGAAUACUGUCUCUCAAUUAGAGAAAAAGAAGGUUGGUACUAAAAGAACCGUGUAAUACAUUAUAAUGGACCCCCAUGCAAUGUCAAAAUUGGCGAAUUCUGCAAUAAAGCCACCGGUGUUUCCUGGAACUUCAACAUGGAAAACACAUCAUGACAGAGAUGCAGAAGAAACUGAUCAGUUGCGUAUGUUAAUGCAGAGCAAACGCCAUGAUACAUCUUCCACCCAACCAUAUGAACCAUCCAACUUCAGAAAGAUGACAACAGUAGAAAAAGAUGGGUUGAAAGCAUUUGAUGUCAACCGUCAUACAUUAACAGCUGACUUCUACAAGCGUCUUGAAGAUUUGAAAGUAGAACAUGGAAAAACAAUGGAGCUAUUAAGCCAACUCUAUACAAGUGAAAGCUCCAGAUGCCAUUCAAAGUUAGGAGUACCAGCCGCAACUAAAGAAAGAAUUUUGGAAAAUGAAAAACUCAAACAUAAAUACAACUUAGACCGAAAAAAUAACUCCAUGAUACACGAAAACAGUGACCAAGAAAACGGUCUUCUUAUUCCUGGGUAUAAAGCAAAAGAAGUAAGAUUUCGACAGGAGAUGAGAGAAAAAGAAGACCGGGAAAAAUCAAACUCUGAUUUAUCCAGUAGUGAAGAAAAUGAAGGGGAUCAUAUGAAUGAUCACGCAGAUGAUGUUGUUCACUCCAUGUGGGAGCAAUUCUCUCUUCAUGAUUACAUGAGGAAGAACCGUGAUAAUCUGAGACCAGCGAAGAGCAAAGAGAAAGCGAGGCCCAAAAGCGCCCCUGCUAAGAAAACAGAAUGGUCACCCGUUAUAACGAUACCCAAGCCGUUUAAUAUGACAAUAAGGGAAGAACAAAAGAAAGAAAAGGAUCAUACACGCUCUUCAAUGGAGGUGUCUCUUCGCGAGAGAGAAAAAGAGGAAAACAUUGAAAGAGAGAUGUCAAUGAGGGUCAGAGCACGGGAGCCUCCAGCUCAUAUUUAUCUUCCAUUAUACGACGAGAUUGUGGAGAGACGGGAGCAGCGUCAAAGAUUUAAUAAAGAAAACUCAAUAGCCACGCUUAUGGCUCUGCAGAAACCAUUUACAUUUGCUGAAAGAGAUGAGAAAAAGUUACAGAAAAAGAAACAAGAGCAAUUUGAAGCAGAAAAGAAAAAGCUUCGAAAAAUAAAGAAGUUGGCUAUGUUUGAAGCAAGUGGCGUUCCAUACAGUGUACAUGAUGUUUCCGUGUCCGAGAGAUUAAAAGAAGAAGAACUGUAUAGGAAGAUUAAGAUAAAAAUGAGGUCGGAAGACACAUACAGGAAAUCAGCCUUACCACCUCGAAUGCAAGCACACGAGAUGAUGGCGCUCCAGAGGAGAAGUAAAUGGCAAGAAGACGUAGAUCAACAGACUGCUUGCUCUUUCCAACCGAAAACUCACGAAAUGCCGGACUUUGACGCUCUUCAUAAGCGAGAAGAAAUAGAAGCAUUUAACCGCAAGAUGGAGGUAGAGACAACCUCGGUAAAACCAUUCAAUCUCCGCACCGAUGUGAGGUCGAAAAAGAAGGAUGAAGAAUUUGACCCACAGAAAAGCUUGACGGAACCUAAAUGGUCAACACCGAGGUUCAAAGCAACCAAACCACUCGUACAAUCUGAUACUAUUCCUGCUCGUAUGACUGACUCUACCAGACGAAGACUUGAAUUAAUGAAACAAUCGUUGCAGCAAGCUGAAAGGGAUUUAGAGGAAACAAAAGAAUUGGAGAGACAGAGAGUUCAACGAAGAAAAGAAAUGUCACGGAAAGUUCAUAUGAAGACAGCAGCUGUGGAUAACUCUGUAUCAUUAUCUGCCUCACAAGAUGAGAAACUCAAGCAAUAUAAAAGACAAGCGCGAAAACGUGACAUAGAAUACAAUCAGUUUUUGGAAGAUGUCAAAAACCGUGUGAAUGAACGACCUCUACUAUUUGAACAACACAACCAAAAAAUGGCGAAGGCACAAGCAGAAAAACGAUACCGUGAGAUCCUUGAAACGUCGGGAAUUAGCGACGAUUUUGUGGAUAGUAAAACUCGUAACAGCACCAGUUCAAUGUCACCUCCCAUGUCAGUACAGGAAUUGAAGUUGACACAAGAUAGUUACGACUCUGAUAACUUUGAAGAAGAUAUUACAGAAGCAGACAACACUCUUGACAGCUUAAAAGGCAUAACACUGGAGCAAGUUGCCUCAGAUGUUAGCUGUGAUGAGGCUGACAAGGUAGAAAGGGAAAAGAAAAAAGUUGAUUUCGCUUAAUUUUAAUUAUUUACCUUUUAUACAUUUAUUUCACGACCGAAAAUGGCAGAUCAAAUUUUCUCAUUCCAAUUUUUGAUCAACACAGUAUUGUGCAUUAAAUCUGCUGCUGAAACAAAACUCUGUGAAGUAUUAAUGUUUAUUUAGUUCUGUAUAUAAUAAUUAUAAUACUUCCACAAGCAUUUUUAUGUUAUAUGUGCGAAUGUGCCAUGUUACCGUAAUACAUAAUUUGCCAAAUUUAGUGUUGACACAAAAAGAUAUGUUAACAGAUUUUGUUCUUCUGUUUUAUCUUUCGUAUUUUUACACAGUGUGUUUUGUAGGAAAUAAAAUAGUGUUUCUG